AUGGCCCUCAUCCCGCGCUGCCUCCCGUUCGCCAGCUCGACUACGCCACUUCAAGCUGUGACGUACCUCCUCGGCAUAUCCCUCUUCUCGAUCUCUUUCCUGGUGUUCCUCAACAGUAGCGUUUCCUUCGUGAUUACAGACCUCAUAGGCGUCAAAGAUGGCGUCGGUGAUAUUGUUGGCACCCUUGGUUUCGUUGACGAGAUUGUCGCCCUCGUCGCCUGCCCAGUUUGGGGUCUCGUUUCCGACCGCCUCGGCGUGAGAUGGGUCGCUGUCAUCGGCUACACGGUCAUCGGCCUCUCGCUUUUCCUGUUUGUGCAGGCGGGCAAUGUCUAUCCUCAGCUUCUGCUGGCGCGCAUCUUCUUUGCUGUCGGUGCUACUGCUGCGGCGACCAUGGUCACGGCCAUCCUACCUUCUCUGACAGGCGAGAGCGGUGACGCAGAUGAUGGAUCGACGACAUCACUUUUUAAGCCGACGCAGAACGCUAGGCACAGCAUAGCCAUGUCACUAGAGUCGGACAUCACCAUUACACCGGAGCGGUACAGGGGGAUCGAGCCGACAGAGGAGGAAACCGCAGUCUCAAGUCAGGAGAGGAGCAGCAUCUCCACACUUGAGAAGCCCUCGGCGCUGGCCGGGUUCGUUGGAUUAUUCACGGGAUGCGGGGCGCUGGUUGCCCUGUCCGUGUUCCUUCCUCUGCCCGCUCGCUUUGGCGAUAUCGACGGUGUGACGCCUGCCGAGGCCAUCACAGACAGCUUCUACGUGGUGGGCAUUGUCUCCUUUUUUGUCGCCAUAUUCGUCUUCAUUGGCCUCCGCGAUCUUCAAGGCGAAGACGGCAAGGGUUGGAGAGUGUUGCUUGGGCUUCGAAACAGGGACGGAGAGCCGACCGAACAAGAAAGCCACGAGAAGCAGGUAGGUCGAGUCAACGCUACAUAUCUCCGUGGCUCAUUUGCUAAUAUUUCGCAGAAGGUCUUGCCCUAUCUCCGCCUCCUCCGAGAUUCCGUUUCACUCGGCUUCAGCGACUCCCAGAUCGCCUUAGGCUACCUCGGCGGCUUCGUAGCCAGAGCCUCGACUGUAGCCAUCUCUCUCUUCAUUCCUCUAUUCGUGAACACGUUCUUCAUCAGCAACGGUUUCUGCCAAGGGUCGCCGCAUGACCCUUCGCCGGAGUUGAAGAAGGAAUGCCGAUCCGCAUACAUCUUGGCAUCUAUCCUUACAGGUGUCGCUCAGCUUUGCGGCCUCAUCUGCGCACCUAUUUUCGGAUACCUCUCCAGGCGGCCGGGAGCCGUUAAUUGGCCUAUCAUCGUGGCCACUGUCUUUGGUAUCGUGGGCUACAUCGCUCUUCCCCAGCUCUCGAGCCCUGAAUACAAGAAUGUCGAUGGCCGCGGUGGCAGCCCUGCCAUUUUCUUCAUCGCGGCUCUCCUGGGUAUCAGCCAGAUUGGUGCCAUCGUCUGCAGUCUCGGCUCCCUCGGCCGCGGCGUGUUGACUGCUGACCUGCCGAAGACGCAGGUUGUUGCCACAUUGGAGGAGUCGACAGAGGCCCUUGAAGCCGAGGGCGAGCAUGCGCCGCUGCUAGCACACGAGGCAAGCGUCGACGUCGUUUCUCGCGUGCGGCUCAAGGGAUCGAUUGCCGGCGUGUACUCUUGGUGCGGCGGCAUUGCGAUCCUUCUCCUGACAAAGUUGGGUGGAUACUUGUUUGAUUCGUCGUCUGUCGGGGCGCCCUUCUACAUGAUGGCGGUAUUCAAUGGAUUACUUCUCGCUGCCAGCCUAGGUAUAGACAUGGCGCGCGUGUUCAACACCAACCAGACAUAA